AGCUCAUCCUCCAAGGCAGCUCGAUCACUUCCCAAGCGCGCGACGGCGACGACACCACCCCCAUGGUCCGGUGCGCGCCCUGUUCCUCGCACAGAGGGCGUCGCGAGCGAAACUAAAACCAAGGUCAUCGAGGAGGAUGCCCAAGAUCCGCACUUCUUGUCCAAGCUCAGUCAGCUCGGUCAGGUGAAGGUGGACCACAACAUGCAGACAACGCGCCCUGCAACUGUCGCCAGCCAGAUGUACAAAACGCGCGUCCAGUCUGAAACAGACGCGGAAUCACCGACGCCAAUACGCAACCGCAUGCCAGCGCCCCGGCUCAGUCUCCUGCUUGACCAGCGCAAAUCAGUCAAGACGCGACGUGAUAUGGAGUUCCUUGCGGCUCGGUACGGGCUGGAUUUGGACAUGCUGGAUGCAGUCGCCAAGUUCGUGAACACGCCUAGCGUGCAGCAGAGCGAUAUGGCGAGAUCGGUGGGCGCUGCCGACCACAAGCAGAUUCUGCGGGCUGUUUGGGUAGAGCCGACUUUGAAGGGCUAAAGACAACAAGCUCGGACUGGUCUGCUCACAUUCUAUUAGAACAAGAUACACCGAGCAUAGUAUGCACAUCCUAGAGACAGAUAGGUAGAGGUACAUAUGUGAGUAGUACAUAUGUGGAUGAUGGUACAGAGAGAAUAAGAUAAAACAGCCCCUGCGAGCUGCUGCAAAUGCCAGAUACGAGAAACACGCGCAAUCAAGCCGUGGCCUUCUUCGCAUUUGACCGCGGCUUCGGUGCUGCACGAGAGGUCUGAACAAACAAUCAGCAAUCGCUCUGGCUUCCAGUUGAUGAUUCGUACCUUCUUUGCGGGGGCGGCCUUGGCUGCAACCUUGGCUUUGGUCGCAGGUGCAGCCUUCUUGCCAGUCACUGUCUACAAAGUUUUCAGCAUCGGAUCUCACAAGACGAACAAAUACACACCUUCUUGACUGCAGCGGCCUUGGAUGAGGUCUUCUUCGCAGGAGCAGCCUUAGUGGCCUUGCCUGCGAGGACCUUCUUGGUGGGAGCAGCCUUGUCGGCCUUGGUUGUAGUGGUCUUCUUCGUCGUCGACACAGCCUUUGCUUUGGUAGCCACGGGCUUCGUCGCAGCCUUUGCCUUAGGUUUAGCUGCUGGUUUGGAUGCAGCAGCCUGGGGCUUGGUGGCCUUGGU